UCAGCUUAUACAGCACCGUCAUAAUUCCGUCAUGGACUCAUGGAUCGACAUUGGGCGACAUGCCAAAAAUGAUAUGGGUUCUUUUGAUUCUACAAGUUUGUUUCGUUGGAAAUACGAUUGGUUCGUUAGGUGACAAGUCGCAAAUAUACAACCAAUGUCUAGCACUGUGUCGCAAUAAAAACUGCAGAGACGAAAUAAAUUUUAAGGAACAACCUUCUUUAUUCUUAAUCUUGCUACACUGGUCUUGCAAGGAAGAUUGUAGUUAUAUUUGCAUAUGGAGGACCGUUGAUUACUAUGUAUCUCAUGGUUGGAACAUACCACAGUUUCAUGGAAAAUGGCCAUUCAUUCGUUUGUUUGGAUGUCAAGAGCCUGCUUCAGUUUUAUUCUCUAUACUAAAUUUGUGUGCACAUUGGAUAAUGUAUCGAAAAUUUAAAAGAAGGAUAGAUCAAACUAAUCCUAUGUUCUAUGCUUGGACAUAUUUCAAUAUUAUAUGUUUAAAUGGAUGGUUUUGGUCAACCGUAUUUCAUUCGCGGGACUGGCCAUUUACAGAAGCUAUGGACUAUUCUUGUGCGUUUGGUAUGGUACUUACACUCUUAUAUUGCAUGCUUUUAAGAAUAACGAACAAGGGAACUAAAGCAUUUAUUAUUAUAACAUGUGGAUAUGUGAGCAUUUUGUGUACACAUUUGUCACAUUUAUGGUCAGGCAGAAUUAAUUAUGGUUAUAAUAUGAUGGUUAAUGUAGCGAUAGGAUUAGCGACUGUCACGAUAACAAUGCUGUGGUGGUAUCUUAACCGCAUUAAGUUGCCUUAUAUGUACUUAAUCGCUUGGUUCAAUAUAUUAACUACUUUCGUGACUCUACUCGAGUUGGCAGAUUUUCCUCCCAUUUUUUGGAUAUUUGAUGCUCAUUCCUUGUGGCAUGCUAGUACUGUUCCCUUGACAGUAUUAUUAUAUAGGUUUGUGAUCGCAGAUUGCUGUUAUCUGGAAAAGUAUUGUAACAAACCAUUUCUAGAUAUCGAUCAUCAUAGCCAAUAAUUUUUUUCAUAAUACAUAAUGCUAGUCUAAGUAGGUCUCCUCAGAUACAUUCAGGGAUUAUCGUCUCUGUGUUUCUCGAGAUUUCCAGAUAAGGUCGGAUCUGGCCGUCGCCUUUUGAAGAAUCCG